AUGGCGCUAAUAACUAUUGGCAUUGCGGCUGCCGCGACGGCGUUCCUCAUCUACCACCUUCUCACUGCUACGAUUUCCACGAGAAGACCACCAAAGGGACUGCGAGAUGCCCCUGACGCCGGAAAUGCAUCCCAGUUGGGCGUUUACCCGCAGCGGCAGCUCCAAAAAUGGGCUAGGGAACACGGUGAGCUCUUCAAGGUUCGCCUAGGUAGAGAGCAAUGGAUCUAUGUCAACAGCCCAGCGGCCGUCAAAGAGAUCUUCGACAAGCAGUCGCAGCAUUCCUCCUCUCGUGCGGCGAGUCCGGUUGUGUCCGAUAUCCUCUCGGGUGGAAUGAGAUUCCUACUAAUGCCGUACACGCCUCACUGGAGGAAGCUUCGAGCAAUUGUCCACAAGCUUCUAACCCCAAAAUCAUCCAACACCUUCAUUCCGUCCCAGGAGUUUGAAGCAAAGCAAUUGCUCUGGGAUAUCCUGACCGACAAUGACAACCAGGAGAAUUUCUACAUGCAUAUUCGUAGAUAUACCACAUCUGUUGUGAUGACUUCAACUUACGGGCGGCGCACCCCUAUUUGGGACUGUGAAGACAUCCGCGAGAUAUAUGGUCUCAUGGACGACUUCAGCAAAGCUGUAAUGCCGGGAAAGUACAUGGCCGAAGCGCUGCCGGUGCUAGCUAAGCUUCCGGCAUGGAUGCAGUGGUGGAGGAAAGAGGCCCUCCAGUCCUUUAAUCGGCAGGCGGCCAUUUGGAUGAAGUACUGGACCGGCCUCCGGACCCAGAUGGACCAGGGUCAGGCGCCCGACUGUUUUGUCAAACAGUUCAUCGAGACCGCCUACGAGAAGAACGACAUCAGCGAGCUCCAAGCGAGCUUUGUGGCGGGAACAAUGAUUGAAGCCGGGUCCGAGACCACGUCGUCUGCCCUCAACAGCUGCGUCAAAUAUUUUGCAGCGUAUCCCGAGGCCCAGAUAAAGGCAUUCGAAGAGAUUCAGCGAGUGGUUGGCGAGGAUCGCAUUCCUACCUUCAAGGACGAGCCGGACUUGCCGUAUAUCAGAGCGUGUGUCAAGGAAGUUUUGCGGAUCCGCCCAGUCACCAAUAUCGGAUCACCACACUACACGACAGCAGAUAUAGUGUACAAGGACUACUUUAUCCCGGCAAAAACAGUCGUUUCUAUAAACCAGUACGCACUGCACUUCGAUCCGAAUCGCUAUGAGAAUCCAGACGACUUUAUUCCCGACCGGUAUCUCAAGCACACGCUCAAGGCCGGUGCGUACGCGGCGCAUCCCGACCCCUAUGCCAGGGACCAUUUUGACUUUGGUGCCGGGCGGCGAAUCUGUCCGGGAAUGCACCUGGCGGAAAAUAGCCUCUUUAUUACCAUCGCUUGUAUUAUCUGGGCGUUUGAAGUCCUGCCGCCCAUGGAGAAUGGCAAGGUAGGCACCGUUGAUGUGUCUGAUGCGGCGUACGAGGAUGGGGCGAAUACCCUUCCCAAGCCUAGUAAGCUGCGGUUUGUCCCUCGGAGCCCCGCGUCGGAAAGCACUUUAAGAAAGGAAUGGGCGAGGGCUGAGAAGGAAGGGUACAUGCUUGGCCAGGUCAAAGUGAAUGCGGAAGGCGUGGUUGUCCCUGCCAAAUGA